AUGUGCCAAAACGAAGUUGGUAUCAAUGGCUGGACAAGCAUGCCUGCCGAUGCUGGUGCCAUUUUCGGCGGUCAACCUUUCAUCAAUGAGCCAAGAUCACUUUCAAUAGAUGAAAUCAAGUUUCCAUCUGAUCAUUCCAUCGUGGAAAAGACCCUGCAGUACGUGAAGAGGGUCCUCCAUCCAGAAACCUUCAACCACUCAAUGAGAGUUUAUUACUACGGUAAGUACCACUACGAGGCAUUAAAUAUUUCUAGACCUUGGCUUACCUAUUCUGCGGGAAUGGCUAUUACCCAACAACAGUUUCCUCAGCAAGCUGCCGUUCUUAGUCCUGUAACCUGGGCGUUGACUUGUUUGCUGCAUGACCUGGGCACUGCUGAGGAAAACCUGACUGCGACUCGGAUGUCUUUCGAUAUCUACGGUGGAAUCAAGGCGUUGCAACUCUUGGAAGACUUUGGCGCAAACCUUGAUCAAGCCAAAGCAGUUGACGAAGCUAUCAUUCGACAUGAAGAUAUGGGAGUCGAUGGAACCAUUACCUAUAUUGGUCAGCUAAUCCAGUUGGCUACGGCCUACGAUAACACAAGUAUCCAUCCCCGUAUCAAGGAAUUUUGGAAAAUAAUUCACCCGUCCACCCGGGAGCAGGUUAACAGGGCUCACACUAGACUGGACUGGAGCAAAUUUUUCUCCAGCACCAUCCGAAAAGAGGAAGCCAUUAAGCCUUGGUGUCAUUCAACUCACCUUGUUAACUUCGCGGAGGAAAUUGAAAACAACGCUCUGAUGAAGCAGUUGGAGUAA